AUGAGUUCAUUGUAUUAUGCGAAUGCUUUAUUUUCUAAAUAUCCAGCCGCAAGUUCGGUUUUCGCUACCGGAGCCUUCCCAGAACAAACUUCUUGUGCGUUUGCUUCCAACCCCCAGCGCCCGGGCUAUGGAGCGGGUUCGGGCGCUUCCUUCGCCGCCUCGAUGCAGGGCUUGUACCCCGGCGGGGGGGGCAUGGCGGGCCAGAGCGCGGCCGGCGUCUACGCGGCCGGCUACGGGCUCGAGCCGAGUUCCUUCAACAUGCACUGCGCGCCCUUUGAGCAGAACCUCUCCGGGGUGUGUCCCGGCGACUCCGCCAAGGCGCCGGGCGCCAAGGAGCAGAGGGACUCGGACUUGGCGGCCGAGACUAACUUCCGGAUCUACCCCUGGAUGCGAAGCUCAGGGACAGACCGUAAGCGCGGCCGCCAGACCUACACCCGCUACCAGACCCUGGAGCUGGAGAAGGAGUUUCACUACAACCGCUACCUGACCCGGCGGCGGCGCAUCGAGAUCGCGCACGCGCUCUGCCUCACGGAACGACAGAUCAAGAUCUGGUUCCAGAACCGGCGCAUGAAGUGGAAAAAAGAGAACAAGACCGCGGGUCCUGGGACCACCGGCCAGGACAAGGCGGAAGCAGAGGAGGAAGAGGAAGAGUGA